CUUUGCUGGGAGGAGCCGUCGCCAGUCGGCACUCGGUCCCUCCCUCGGAUCCCCGCGCGUCCGGACCCGAGGGCCGAGGGGCUGGGGAGCAGGCGGGCGGCCGCCAGGGCAGAGCGCCCGCAGGGAUGGGGGACGAGCGGCAGCAUUACUACGGGAAGCACGGGACACCCCAGAAGUAUGACCCUACCUUCAAAGGACCCAUUUACAACAGGGGCUGCACAGACAUCAUUUGCUGCGUGUUCCUCCUUGUGGCCAUCGUGGGCUAUGUGGCUGUAGGCAUCAUAGCCUGGACCCACGGGGACCCUCGAAAGGUGAUCUACCCCACUGAUAGCCGAGGCGAGUUCUGCGGGCAGAAGGGCACAAACAAUGCGAAGAAGCCCUACCUGUUCUAUUUCAACAUUGUAAAGUGUGCCAGCCCCCUGGUCCUGUUGGAAUUCCAGUGUCCCACCCCCCAGAUCUGCGUGGAGAAAUGCCCCAGCCGCUACCUCACCUACCUGAAUGCUCACAGAUCCCAGGACUUUGAGUACUACAAGCAGUUCUGCGUGCCUGGCUUCCAGAACACAAAGGGUGUGGCUGAGGUGCUCCGGGAUGGCGACUGUCCUGCUGUCCUCAUCCCCAGCAAACCCCUGGCCCAGCGAUGCUUCCCAGCCAUCCACGCCCACAAGGGGAUCCUCAUGGUGGGCAAUGAGACCACCUACGAGGACGGCCAGGGCUCUCGGAAAAACAUCACGGAGCUGGUGGAAGGCGCCAAGAAAGCCAAUGGGGUCCUGGAGGCGCGGCAGCUGGCCAUGCGGAUAUUUGAAGAUUACACAGUCUCCUGGUAUUGGAUUAUCAUAGGCCUGGUCAUCGCCAUGGUGAUGAGCCUCCUGUUCAUCAUCCUGCUCCGCUUCCUGGCUGGCAUUAUGGUCUGGGUGAUGAUCAUCAUGGUGAUCGUGGUGCUGGGCUACGGAAUAUUUCACUGUUACAUGGAAUAUGCUCGACUGCGUGGUGAGGCUGGCUCUGACAUCUCCCUAGCGGACCUCGGCUUCCAGACAGACCUCCGUGUAUACUUACACUUGCGGCAGACCUGGAUGGCCUUCAUGAUAAUUCUGAGCAUCCUGGAGCUUAUCAUCAUCUUGCUGCUCAUCUUUCUACGCAAGAGAAUUGUCAUUGCCAUUGCACUCAUCAAAGAAGCCAGCAGGGCUGUGGGAUAUGUGAUGUGCUCCAUACUGUACCCGCUGGUCACUUUCUUCCUGCUGUGCCUUUGCAUCGCCUACUGGGCUAGCACUGCUGUCUUCCUGUCCACUUCCAAUGAAGCUAUUUAUAAGAUCUUCAGUGACAUUGCCUGCCCAGUUGCUGGGCAGACCUGCAACCCUGAGACUUUCCCUUCCUCCAAUGAAUCCCGCCUGUGCCCUGGUGCCCACUGCCAGUUCGCCUUCUACGGUGGUGAGUCGAGCUACCACCAGGCCCUGCUGGGGCUGCAGAUCUUCAAUGUCUUCAUGUUCUUCUGGCUGGCCAACUUCGUGCUGGCGCUAGGCCAGGUCACACUAGCUGGGGCCUUCGCCUCUUACUACUGGGCCCUGAACAAACCAGGGGACCUGCCUGCCUUUCCACUCUUCUCUGCCUUCGGCCGGGCGCUCAGGUACCACACUGGCUCCCUAGCCUUUGGCGCUCUCAUUCUGGCCAUCGUGCAGAUCAUCCGCGUGAUCCUCGAGUACUUGGAUCAGCGCCUGAAAGCUGCUGAGAACAAGUUUGCCAAGUUUCUCAUGACCUGUCUGAAAUGCUGCUUCUGGUGCCUGGAGAAGUUCAUCAAAUUCCUCAACAGGAAUGCCUACAUCAUGAUUGCCAUCUACGGCACCAGCUUCUGCACCUCGGCAAAGAAUGCCUUCUUCCUGCUCAUGAGAAACAUCAUCAGAGUGGCCGUCUUAGACAAAGUUACCGACUUCCUCUUCCUGUUGGGCAAACUUCUGAUCGUGGGUAGCGUGGGGAUCCUGGCUUUCUUUUUCUUCACCCACCGUAUCAGGAUUGUGCAGGACACGGCGCCACCCCUCAAUUAUUACUGGGUCCCUAUACUGACAGUGAUCGUUGGCUCCUACCUGAUUGCCCACGGCUUCUUCAGUGUCUACGGCAUGUGUGUGGACACGUUAUUCCUCUGCUUCUGUGAGGACCUGGAAAGAAAUGAUGGCUCUCAGGAGCGACCCUACUUCAUGUCGCCCCAGCUGAGAGACAUCCUGUUACAGAGGAGUGCGGAGGAAGGGAAGCAGACAGAAGUGGAGGACUAGAGAGGGAGGGAGGCGUGCCUGUAGAACAGGUGGAGGACCUGGAGAGGAAUGACGGCUCGGCCGAGAGGCCUUACUUCAUGUCCCCCAGCCUCAAGAGACUCUUGAACAAGACCAACAAGAAGGCAGAGUCCUAAAGGCCCGGGCCCUGGCCACCCCCACCUCUCCAGAAGUGUCACACUCGGCAGCUGGGUCCGAACCCCCAGCCCACUGGCCUUCCCCGAAGUCCAGUCACUGCCACCCUUCUACCAUCCAGUUACUGCCAGUUUCCGGAGACCUGGAGGAUUUGGGGCAUGUCCUCUCUAAGCCGUUGGAGGUUUCAUGGCAGUUCCCGCAUGACUGUGCAAGGAGUCCCCCCAGCCCUCACUGGCCUGGAUGCGGAGAAGGCUGGGAGGCCUCUGGAUGUCCGACGUGUGCUCGGAGCUGCCUCAUGCUUCCUGUCAGCCUUGUGCCAGGAAGGCGUCUGUCUGCGGGACCGCCAGCACCAAAGGCCACCGUUCACUCCGGCCAGGACCAGGCCCCCUUCUCCAUGGCUGGACACCUGCCUCACAGGCUGCCAUGUGCAUUUCUUCAUUAUUAUUUUUUAACUUGGACAUGCAUUAAAAGGUCUGUUAGCUUU